AUGAGGGCUUCCCUAGCAACAAGCCUUCUCGCCGUCGCGUUCCUGGGCAACCUCUCUGGGGUAGUCCAGGGACUGCCCGUCGCCCAGACCGGCGAGGUCGCCGUACGAGGAGUCACUCAGGACAGUGCCUUAAUUCUCGAGAGGUCCGACGAGGAUCAUGGGAUCGAGGCCGUCCCUCGUGACGACAAUGGCUUCAUCAACCAUCACUUCAAGGGCCUCCUCGCACGCGUCAUCCCUCCAAAGCCACCACCGCCACCACCGCUACCCAAGAUGCCCAUCACGAGACCAAACGAGGGCGGUGCGGGAGCCGGCGCAGGUGCCGGCGCCGGCGGAUCGCGGACAGGCGGCGUGCCGAUCAACCGCCCGCCGGCCCGCGAGCCGACGCCUCCGCGCCCGGACCUCCCCGAGGGCCAGCCGGGCGUCAACCGCAACGGGGACGAGAACCCCGGCUCGGGCUCGGGCACGGGCAACCCGCCGCAGGACAUGGAGACGUACCGCGCCGCGGGAGCCGCGCAGAUGACCAGCUACGAGGCCGUCCUGCGCAGCGGCAAGAAGGACACGCCCAUCGUCCAGACCGAGGCGGAGCUCGCGGGCGUGGCCAAGAACGACGCCUUCCUGGACAUCCACGCCAACGACCAGUACAGGCUCGAGGCGCGGGGCGUCACCGCCAGCGACGUCAAGGAGCUCAAGGUCUUCACCUCGGGCGAGCUCGGCUUCGACCCCAAGGUGCCGCCGCAGCUCAUGAGCGAGAUCCGCGUCAGCAACAGCAGGGGCGAGCUGGUCAACCGCGGCACGUACGACAAGGAGGGCCGGUUCAUCGUCUACCAGGACGCCUUCAAGGAGGCCGACACGGCGACGGGCGCCAAGAAGACGCCGCUCAACGAGGUCGGCAUGCAGCUGUUCCUGGCCGAGGCGGGCGACAAGGCCAAGAACUUCCGCGCCGCCUUCCUGUCCAACGUGCAGAACCAGGAGUUCUGGGCCAUGGUCAAGCAGGCCUACACCGACCUGGGCCAGGAGUUCAAGCAGGUCCUGACCUUUGAGAGAGGGACGCCCCAGUUCGAGCGCUUCAUGGGCAGCCCCAACUUCUUCAGCAAGUUCUUCUCCUUUUCCAACCACCGCGAGGCCAUCGGCAACAAGGUCCCGGACAAGGUCAUUGUGGCACCCAAGCAGGUGGAGGGCAACACUAGCGGCGGCCUCGCCGUGGCUAUCGUCUUCAAGGAUCUGGACGCUUAG